UGAAGAGUGUAAACAGAAGCGCGCAGUCAUGACCUGUGACAGUCUGCGAUGAGGCACUAGUCUUUCACUGUACACUUUUCCUGUGAUGCAUGCCUGUCAUAUUCAACCUGUAUCCGUGUUAUUUUAUGUAACUGCAUGAGGAAAUAAGGCAGAUAUUAAAAUUCCGAAUCGACUGCCGGAAGGUUGAAUUACUGUGAAAGGCGCGAUGCCUCGGCGGAAGAGACAUGCUGGCAGUAGCUCAGAUGGUACGGAGGAUUCAGACUUUUCUGCGGAGCAUACAGACAGCUCAGAGAGUGACGCCCAUACAGUUAGAAACACGCGCCUCACUCGCUCCUCAACUAGACUCAUCUGCCACUUAAAAGAUUCCAGUCCUGUGAGAAACACUGCCCCUGCGUCAGAGGAGGUGGUGAACUUUUCCACCCGCCGCGUGACUCGUAGUCAACAGCAGGGGGCGACAGUCUCGCCCAAGAAAUAUCCUCUGCGGCAGAGUCGCUCCUCGGGUUCAGACACUGAGCAACAAGGGGAGAUUUCAGAGAGAGACAUCAAACAAAGUGUAGACCACGAUGAAUCUCCACCCAGAACUCCCACAGGCAACACUGCUUCCUCUGAGUCUGACAUUGACAUGUCCAGCCCGAAUGUGUCUCAUGAUGAGAGCCUGGCAAAGGAGCUGUCACUCAAAGAAUCUGGCCUUGCCCACCGGCCCAAACGAAGGCGCUUUCAUGAGAGUUAUAACUUUAACAUGAAGUGCCCCACACCGGGCUGUAACUCACUUGGGCAUUUAACAGGGAAACAUGAAAGGCAUUUUUCAAUAUCUGGAUGUCCGCUGUACCGUAACCUUUCAGCAGAUGAGUGUAAGGUGAAGGUAAGCUCUCGGGACAAACAUGUGGAGGAGAGGACGCUAUCACAACGCCAGGAUGAGAACCGACAUUCCGCUCGGCAGCAGGCCCAAGCAGAGCGACAGCUACGGUAUAAGGAAAAAGUGACAGAGAUGAGGAGAAAAAGAAGUUCUGUUCCAUUAAAAGAGCAAAAGGAGAAGUACACGGAACCAAGGCAGACACAUGGCAGCAGUUGGGAACCUUUGCUGGAAAACAUUACAAGUGACUAUGACCUGGAGCUCUUUAGAAAAGCCCAGGCACGUGCCUCGGAUGAUCUUGAAAAGCUCCAGGGACAGGUCACAGAGGGUGGGAACAUGAUAAAGACCAUUGUGUUUGGCCGCUAUGAGCUGGAUACCUGGUACCACUCGCCAUACCCUGAGGAGUAUGCCCGACUCGGUCGUCUCUACAUGUGCGAGUUCUGCCUCAAAUACAUGAAGAGUCAGACCAUACUGCGACGUCACAUGGCCAAAUGUGUUUGGAAACAUCCACCAGGUGACGAGAUUUACAGAAAAGGGGCUAUAUCUGUUUUUGAAGUGGACGGCAAGAAGAACAAGAUUUAUUGCCAAAACCUUUGCCUCUUAGCCAAGCUCUUCCUGGACCACAAAACGUUGUAUUAUGAUGUGGAGCCUUUCCUCUUUUAUGUGAUGACUGAAGCUGACAGUACUGGCUGUCACCUUGUAGGAUACUUUUCCAAGGAAAAGAAUUCAUUUUUGAACUACAAUGUCUCCUGCAUCCUGACCAUGCCACAAUAUAUGAGACAGGGUUAUGGCAAGAUGCUUAUUGAUUUCAGCUAUCUGCUGUCAAAAGUUGAAGAGAAGGUUGGCUCUCCUGAGCGUCCUCUCUCUGACCUAGGCCUCAUAAGCUAUAGGAGCUACUGGAAAGAAGUGCUGUUACGCUACCUUCACAAUUUCCAGGGCAAAGAAAUCUCUAUUAAGGAAAUCAGUCAAGAAACAGCUGUCAAUCCUGUAGACAUCGUCAGCACUUUACAGUCACUCCAAAUGCUAAAGUAUUGGAAAGGGAAGCACUUGAUUUUAAAAAGACAGGAUCUGAUUGAUGAUUGGAAAACCAAAGACACAAAACGUGGAAGCAGCAAGACUAUUGACCCUACGGCCCUGAAGUGGAGCCCACCUAAAGGAACAUAAGAAAUCUCAUCAGCAUGCUCUUUGCUGUAGUUUAACAGGUGUUGGUCACCAUAGAAUAGCAAAUAAUAUGGGAAACUGUCUUCGUUUUUGUUACAGUAGGUAAGGUUACAAUCCUAACUGUAUUGAAUUAAACACUUGUCAUAUAGUGUGGUUAGACUGUAAGUUACAAGUAGUUGUACUUUAACCCUGCCACUCUUGUUUUUAAACACUGUUAGCAUCAUAGAAACACAGACCUGCUGCUGCAUACAAGAACUUACAACCUAUUUUAUCCACCAGCUUAUCAAAUCGUUUGAAGGAGAGUACCAUUGUUUGUUUUAUUGUUUAAUGUUACAGUAAAAAAGCAGGCUGUUCAAUGCUGCAUCACUUAAUUUUAAAGAAUUGACUUUAUGACUGUUGAAUAUUUAUUUGAACAGGCCAUUACAAUGUUACACAAUUGAUGGCAUAAGAAAAUUUAGUAUGUGAGCUCAGCACGAUGUGUAUGGAAGGGAUUCUGCUCAUGUUUGCCUAUUUUGAUUGGGUCCCUGACUUUUUUUAUCCUUUGAACCAGAUAUGUAUUUACAUCCAUAGUUUUAACCAAAGUCAUUGCACUUAAAAUAUAUAUUUUAAUACAAUCAUUAGCUCAAGUGAGAGUAAAACUUUAAUUUGUAUUAUUCUAAGAGAGACAUUUUAGUGAAUUUGAUAUAGUAUCCCGUCAGGCCUUCAAUGAAAUAACCUGUGGCAUCUUCACUAGGUUUAUAGCAUGCUUUGGCUAUGUUGCAGUUCAGGUUGCCAGUUGUGUUAUUUGUAAGCAACCAGAUUAGCUUGUUUUAGCUAAUAGGAUUUCUUCUAAUGCACUUCACAUAGUGGCUUAACUGUCAUAUGAAAUGCCGAAAUGUGUCGCACUUGCUUCUGUAUCCAUCCAACAAAAUAAAUUUGGUCACUGGUUAAACCUG